UAUUUGAAAGCGGAAGGGACCCUAGAACUUGGAAUGCCAGAGCUAGAACCCUGGAACAUGGCCUAUCAGAGCUAGGAGCAACCUUCAGAGCAGGCAGGACGGUCGGGGAGGCCUUGAACAUUGUAUCAGGGCUGGGAGAAGCCUAGAAUGUCAGAAGUGGGAGGGACCUAAUGCAGAGGAUGACAGAGUUGUGAAAGAACUUAGAACACAGGAUGUUGGAACGUAGACGACUAAAGCUGAGAGUGACCAACGGCUGUGAGAUGUUAGGACACAGAGGGCGAGACUUCCAAAUAGCUAAGAUCGGCGUGACAGAGUUGGGAAGGAUGUAGACCAGAGGAUCCCAGCACGAGGCCCCUCAUUUUACAGGAGGAAAGCUCAACUCCCCAAUAAAUGAUGACUCCAGGGACACACGGGGACAGAGCCACAGAGAAUGGAUUUGAGCCUCAAUUUUUGGACUCGAGUGUGGGCCUCUUCUGCCACAUUACGCUGCCUUUCCUAUGGGCUGGGUGUCCAAAUGCCCCGGCGUGGUUUCAGAGCUGCCCCACUAGCCUUGGCCUUGAGGAGUAUCUGAAAACAGGCUCCAGGGAAGACUUCUGUCCUCAUUCGGAAGAGAGUCUCCCAGCCCUGCCCGCUGAAGCCACACUAGGCAGCCAGCCAGGGCCUGGGUGCACAGCCCCCUUUGUGAGGUGGCUUCAGUAAGCUGGGCUUCUGUGAGGCAGUGAUGACCCCACUGCAAGCCUGAGGACCCAGGAGCGAGCGGUUAACACCUCCUUUCUGCCCUCCUCCUCUGCCACACCAUCGCCCACCUUGGCUCAGGCCCAGGCCCUCCAAAGUACCAGAUGUUGCUGCCGCUAUUGGGCAUCUGUGCACUGUUCGGACGCUUCAGGGGCAAGUCGUGGGAGCCUGUGCAGGGCCUCCUGACGGAUGGCUGUGGCUGCGGAGACCCCCGCUGCUGCGGCAACCUCUUCAUCCUUUGUCUCUUCCUGCUGUGGCAAGUCCGGCAGAGGUGCAGGGGCCCCAAGAAGAAAGGCUUCGAGGUGUCACUGCUGAAGUGGGCAGUGUCUCCCUGGUGCCGCUUAGCCAGCCCUGUGCCAUCUCCUGGGCUCUCCAUCUGUCCCUGCACCCAAAAGCGCCUGGAAAUCCAUGUCCAAAAGUUAGUCUACCAGCAGAAGUGGGGGCCCCCCUGGAAGCUCCGGGAAUCCUGGACCCAGUUCCUGCUCUCGCAGCUGUCAGGACACAGAGGCCUGGAGGUAUCUGGUGAGCCUGGUGUCUGUGCCCCGCGCUUCCCCAGCACCUGUAGGUGUCUGGAGGAGUACCAUAAGGAGCUAUACCUACUGGGGGGCUGGCAGUUUGCUUGGGGGUUCUGCAGCCUCCAGGCUCAUCUCCUCUGUAAGGUCGCCCAGUCCCGAGUCCUGGAGGGGCCGGGCUGGAUGGAGCAGGCCCAGGAGAGACCAUGUGUCAUUCUCUCAGAACCUCUCCCAGUCUCCAGGGGAAUUCUCCUUCAUGAUUCCCUACUAGCCCUUGAGAAGACAUCUUGCCACUCUUUGCUCUCCAUUGAAGGGCCAUGCAUGCCUGUGGCCCAGCUUGUGGAAGUGCCCGAAGCCCAGGAACCAGAGAGAGGAGACCCGCAGCUGGCCAGCGAUGAAGGCACCCUAGCGACCCAGGCCUUGAGAAUGGAGGAGGGGCUGGGUGCAGGUGAAGAUGUUUUAGAGGCUGGUUCUCAACCCAAUUGCUCAAGAGGGGAGAGCCACACUUACAAAGAUGCCAGCUUCCCAUGGGGCUCGGCUUUGGAAGAUGCUGACUCCGAAGCCUCAGAGCAGGAGCUGGAGGCUGCUGAGGGGUUCCCCGGUACCACCCCUCUGACACAGCCACUGGUUCAAAUGUGGGAGGGGCUCCAGCCCCCUGGAGAGGAGGAAAGUCUUCAAGACAUGCACGAGUACUUCCCUGGAAGGAGGGGCAGGGAAGGGGGUGGCACUGGUCUCAUGCCAGGUCAGCAUCAACACCAAUGUAGCCAAGCUAAGGACAUGGCCCUGGAGCUCAGCCACCAUGAUAUGCCUCCCCAGGGGGAGAGUGAGGAAAGCCAGUCCCUGGAUCCUCUUCUCCUUUUUGUUACAUCCCCAGAAGACAGUGACCGUGUUGCCAGCCCCUCAGAUAGUGAUUCCAAGAAGGUGACAUCGACUCACGCAGUGCCCCCAAAGCGACCAACCCUAAAGAAGAGCUCUCGGCUCCUUCUGGAAUCCCUUCUGCGUCGUAAGAUCGCCCACCUCAAGUGGGGUCUCCCCCGCCGGAUCCAGGAGUCUGAGUGGUUGUUCCAGCUGAUGCGGUCCUCUUCCCCCCCUCAUGCUGAGGUGCAGUUCUCCAGUCCCCGAGAGGAUGAAGCAUCCCGAGCAGGCGAGCCAAAGCUGGGAGGGGCCCAGAGCAGCUGCCAGGACCUGAGCCUUCUGCAGGCUGCCAGUGGUGCCCCCGAGCCUGCACUACAGCCAUCUGUCCAGUUCAAGGAGAGACUCGGGGCCCAAGAGAAAGAAGCCCAGAAGCUACCUGUGCCACCCAGAAAGAGGAAAGGGAAAAAGGGUGCAGGGCCCUCAGAUGCCGGGGGCCUCUCCAGCAGCCUCGAGGGAGCGAAGGGGCCCAGUCAGAUCCCAGCCCUCUGGGGGCUGCAGGAGCUCUGUGACGAGGCUCUGUCUCGGGCCAUGUUGCCAGACAGCACAGACUGUGCCAAGAGAGCCAGUCCCUGGGAGGGCGCCGCCUGGAAGCAGCCAGCACCUAGCACCAAAGACUCCCCGUCCGCCGAGGCCUGGGGGUGGAGGGACAGUCAGGAGGCUGCCGACGAGGCCUCCACCAGAAGCAGGGGGAGCCGCUCAGAGCCGAGGCCAGGCCCUUCUAGGGCAGCCCAGAAAGCCUUGGAGAAGUUGGGGAACCCGGGUGCUGGGGCCAGUGUGAAGCCUUGGCCCCUUGAUCCCUGCCAAACGGAGCUGAACCCAAAGGUCUUCCAAGACAGCCAGGCUCUGCCCUGGGCCACGGUGUGCCACUGGUCAAUGGCUUCAGCCUCUUGCUCGCAGAACGUGAGCGAUUCCGGCGGGGACACCCCUCAGAGCCACAGCUCAGAAGCUCACCUCUUGCCUGCAGAACAGAGGAAAAGAAUUUUUCGAUCUCAGGGAGGCAGGAUACCUGAGUCAGGGGCUUCCUCUUAUUCCUCAGUCAGGACCAAAGGACCUUUUCGAACUGCAGCUAAGAGGCUGGGCAUGGCCUUCAUGAACAAGAUGCCCUGGUCCCUGAGGCAAGCCAGUUCGGCAACCUCUGUCUCCAACCACAAUGAAUGCCAAGAAGAUCCUGAGCACCUGAGCAGGGCCGGGAGCUCAGGAACACCCCAGACUGGCCUCCCUGGGAGACCCUGGGACAGAGAAGAGUUCCAAGGCUACAGAAGGCUUACCGGUGGCUACGCUUCCCUGGACUUGGAAAGGGACCCUCGACCCCUGAUUCACUCCUUCUGCAAUGACGGGAUGGGGGAAUCAUCAGCACAGGCCCCUCAGAACGAACAAGCACCUACCAAGUCCAGCUGGGCCAAGCGACUGCGGUGUCUCCUAACCCGGCUCAACUUCAACAAAUAGGCCCCAGAUUCAGAUCUUGCACCAGAGAAUGCCUGGCGUUCCCUGCUCUUGCCAAAGCCUCUAGUAAAAGUUGCUUUUUCAGGCCUUUCUGAGUUGUGGGUUUUCCCCCAUUGGGUUGCAUGGCCCUUUGGGGUUCAGUUUUAGAACCAAAAGGGCCCUCAGAGGCCCUCAUUUUACAGAUAGGUAAACUGAGACCCACUCCCCUUCCUCGAGAAGUCGAGCAACAGACUCAAGGUCACAAAAGGUGCAGAACUAGGCUUCCAAACCCAGUCUUGCUUCUCUGCUGAGACCCUGUGUGGUCAAGAACACAGAAUUUAACUAACUGCAGGAGCCACAGUUUAGCUCCAGGUGCUCCUGGAGGUUUGGGACCUGGAGCUGGGGAGGUUUAUCUUUUAGAAGAACAAAACGAGUAGGGGGCUGGUGGAAGGUGGGGGGCUGAACCAUCUGAAGAUAACAGGUAAAGGAGGGCAGGUGGGGUAGAGCAGGGCUGAGAAGCUACAGGGAGAGAUGCCAGCUCAAUGCAAGCAGUGCUUCUGAAAGUGCCCUUAGCUAGGGGAUGGGAGGCACCAGAGAGAUGGGAGCUGGGGUUUCUAUUGGCAUUCCAGCAGAGGCCGCCUCCUGGGCCUCUGAAUUAUACUCAAACCACAACAGUGAAAGGAGAUGCACAGAUUCACCAAUGCCCCCCAGAACUGAGUGGUACCUGCUCCACCCACGGCUCCCAGAGCAAGGAGAAGCUCCUUGCUCCAAAUUCACAGGAUGCCAGCAGUCAUUAGAAUGGGACUUCUUAGCCUGGGGACCAUGAACUUGC